GGCAUAGCUGGUUGGUUCCAGCGCUUGUUUGACGUCCUCGCUGCUCUGCGUCGGUGUCGAGAGGACCAACGAUGGCUGCAGCUCUGUCCCGUGCCCUCAAACUGCCUGGGAAGAAGGGCUCGGAGCUCGGGGAGUACGACCCUCUCACCCAGGCAGACAGCGACGACGAGAGCGAAGAGGAUGACCUCGUGCUCAACUACCCCAGAAACGGCCUGGGCAGGGACGGCUGCCUGGCCCCGGGCUCCUCCAAGACGCGCAACGGGAGGUCGGGAAGGCUCAUCGGCGCCACCGACAGGGCGCAAGAUGACGAGGAGGAAGAAGAAGACGGCGACGACGACCAGUGGACGGCCCAAGUUUCCGGCAAGCCCAGAAGGAGCCGGGGCAACCUGAAGGGCGGCCAGUACUGGAGCCGCGGGGAGCUGGGGAACGGGGAGGACCGAGGAGGAGGAGCCGGUCCGUCUGGGGCCGCCGGGCUGGGCUCUCACAGCUCUGAGGCAGAGGAGAAGAGAAGGAGAGAGAAAAACGCGAUCCGGAGCGCGUUUUUCCUGGUGCCUCUCGUCUGUGCCAUGUUGAUCGUGCUGCUGUGUGCGUUCCUGGUUCCCUGCCAGAAGGCAGAGCUGGAGAAGAAGCUGCAGUGGGAACGAGCGCUGGGAGACGCAGGAGGCGUCACUCCGCCCGCGCUGGCUUUAUGGGACGUUGACGGUGAUUCGGUGGAGGACGUGCUUCUGGGUGUUACUGAAUGGACCAAUGGCACGCAUGCGACGCAAAGGAGCAAAGUCUACAGCGCGGUGGCCGUCUGCGCCGUCAGCGGCCGGGUGCUGUGGAGGGAAGUCCUGAACGAGCCGGUCAUGUACCUCCAGUGCGGUCUGCAGCUGAACACGCAGCCGUCGCCUGUUUGCCUCAUUAUCGGAAAGUCCAACCUCAUGGCGGUCAACGGCGCCACAGGGAGGAAGUUGUGGUCGGUCGCCCUUAGAAACAUUGAAUCCCAGGCUGUGUUGCUUCCUGACCUCCAGGGCGACUCCGUCCCAGAUCUGCUUCUAGCUACUCUCCCCGCUGAUGAGACUCUGGAUUUAUCGCUGACUCUAAUCUCCGGUCAGACGGGAAAGAAAAUUGGACAUCCUGUCCCCUUCAACCUCAGAGGUCAAGGAAAGCUCAUCGGUCCGUUGCUGCAUGAGACGCAGCAUGGAGCGUACUACAUCCUGUUUGGACUGGGUAACGUCCAGGCCAUCUCUCUGCAAGAUAUCUACGUUCGCGCGUUGGACAAAAUGCCCGAAACCCGUUUUGUUUUGAGGAAGGAUUUGCGCUGGGAGAACAUGAAGAACGCCUCUUCCUCCUCCUUUAUCUCCAUUUACAGUGGCUCAGAGCGUGUGGAGUUCCUGCUCCCCCUAGUGGCCGGUUUUGGGAACAACCGCAACAGUCUGGACGCAGUCUCCAGCCUGAACUCGACCAGAAGCGACUGGGUGUUGUUCUACGGGGCCAGGACGCUGUCCGUGCUCCGACAGCGCGACUUACACAAGCAGUGGACUUUCAGCAACGCUUCGAUUCACAGCGAGCCAGCUUUGGGUCACUUCAACAGCGACGGAGUCCUGGACCUUUUUGUUCAGCAUUCAGCAAAUGGCAUCAUGACGGCGCUGAUCGUCAGCGGGGCGAGCGGGACGCCCCUCUGGAAGGCUGAGUUUGUGUGCCCUCGUCUGGUUUUGGAAGCGUCCGCCAUAUCGACCUCGACCGGCCAAUCGGUCUUCCUGUUCUGGGCCAGCGAGCCAAUCAGAGCACAGAGGAACGUUCCCAGGAUGACGAUGGCGCCGGGCGUGGCCGCAGCGGAGCCGCUCAUCAGGAAGCUCUUCCUGCUGCAUCCUGCACAUCCUGCAGCGCUGCUGCAGCUCAGCAGCACCACGGACACAGCGGUCACAUCUGCAGUGAGCUACCUGGAGUAUCUGAAAGACGCCACCUACAUCACCGUGUCCUCCAGGCCCACGACCGGCUCAGAGACCAGCGCUCAGGUAGUGGAGAGCACCAGCCUCAAAGCCGCCAUCAAGACGGGACAAAUCGUCCAGCUGGGCGAAAACCAGGAAACCGAGGCGGCCGGGAAAGUCACCGCGCACGAGGUGAACACGUUUUUCAGGCGCCUCUCCUUCAAACCUCAGUGAUGAAGCUUUGCAUCGUGUGGAGCCACAAAGCCUGAACAUCAUGAGUCGUCAGCACUACUUCUGCACUAAAGGGUCACAAUGCAUUGAAAGCCGUUUACAUUCUGUUAGCUCCAAUAAGAAGCUCUACGUUA